AUGGAUGAAAAUCAUACAACAAUGCAACAGCGAUCAGCGCUUGACGAAACUAAAGAUGAAGCAAUGAUAAAUGCAAGAGUUGAUGAUAUGCCGAAAAAUGAUGAUCCGAAUGAAAGUGCUGCUAAUUCAGAAAGCGUUUUUAAACCACGUUGGGGACGACAUCAUAGUGGUGCCAAGAAAUUAAUUGCUCUUUAUAGUCGAGAAAAACGAUUGCAAGAAAUGAUUUCAACCGGAUUGGGUAUUAUCGAAUUACUCGUUGUUAUAUAUUUAUUAGUAUGGCGGUUUGAAGUGUACACUCUGCCUUAUGUAUUAUUCUUUGCUAUUUUGGGCAUUUUAACAGCUGAUUUAUUAUCCGGUUUGGUGCAUUGGGCUGCUGAUUCUUUCGGUACCGUUGAUACAUUUAUCGGCAGACAUUUUAUUCGACCAUUUCGUGAGCAUCAUGUAGAUCCUACAGCUAUAACACGUCAUGAUUUCAUUGAAUGUAACGGUGAUAAUUUUUUAUUAAUAAUACCAAUGCUCACAUAUAUUAUUUAUCAGCAUGCAACAUUAUCAGCUUCUGACUUAGAUUCUUUAACAUUAUCGCAUUGGUUUUAUUUAUUUUUGGCAAUCUAUAUUGCGCUUACCAAUCAGAUUCAUAAAUGGUCACAUACAUAUGUUGGCUUAUCACCGUGGGUGGAAAUGUUGCAGAAUUGGCAUGUGAUACUUUCACGUAAAGGCCAUAAAUAUCAUCAUAUUUCACCACAUGCAUGUGGAUAUUGCAUUACUACCGGUUGGUUAAAUGGACCGCUUGAUGCGAUUGGUUUUUGGCGUGCUGCCGAAUUUAUUGUUACCGGAUUGACUGGAAUGAAACCUCGAACUGAUGAUCUGAAAUGGGCAAAAGCUUCUUGA